AUGACUGCAUUCUUGCAGAAAAGGGAAAGUUUUGUGGUAAGAUGGCCAUCACCGCCGCAUAGCUGCCGCGUGCCACCGCUCUCUUCCACCCUUUUAAGUAUUUCAAGAAAAUAUCGAAGGAAUUCUUGGAAGGAAAAGGAGAAUCAUGAGCAGGAGAAACUGAACCAGGACGAGUCCCAGCGGUACUCCACCAGCCCGGAGGCCACAUCCAUGAUGCUUGUGGGGUGCCCUCGGUGUCUCAUGUAUGUCAUGCUUGCAGAAGAAGACCCCAGAUGCCCCAAGUGCAAAAGCACUGUUUUGCUAGAUGUCAUCGAUGAUAAGAACAUCACCACCAAGAAAACAAAGAAGGGCUAG